AUGACGGUGGUGCUGUGCCGCUCGUACGAAACGCCGACGUAUCUGAUCCCGUACUACCUGCGCGACGUGCGCUCGCGCUUCCUGCACUACGCAUCGGUGCGGAAGCGCAAGGGUGGUCCCAUGUACAUGACCGUGGAAGACUUUGUGCUGGCGCUGCUGGCCUCGCCGGAAAAGGUGCUGCCGAACCCGGACAUUGUGCAGGACCUCCAGCGCCUCUUCGAGUCCAUGGACGCGAACGGGGAUGGCUACAUCAGCUUCCCAGAGUUCCGCUUCCUCAUGAGCCUCCUCACAAGCGACCCGCAUGAGGUGGAAGCGCUCUUCUCCAUCGUGAGCACCGACAACUCGGGCACCCUCUCCUUGGAGGAGUUCGCCAACGUGCUGCGCGGGGCCACGAAGGACGAGGGAGUCGUGCGCUCGCUUCUGAAGCCGUCGACGCGCCGCAACGGCAUCGUUCGGGCACUCUUUGGCGACGAAACAGCACCACGCAGGUGCUCCUUCAGAGAGCUGGAGGCGUUGAUCCACAGCGUGCGCACGGAGGUGUGGAAGGCCGAGUUCCGCCAAUAUGACGUGGAGAAGCACAACCGCAUCACCGCCGAGGAGUUCGCGGCUCUCAUUGCCAGGCAGGUGCUCGGCUCUCACUUGCCGUACUACCUGGUGGGUAACAUACGCCGCCUGCACGGCAGCGGCGACGUCGUGACACUCGACAUGUGGCUAGGCCUGAACGAAGUGAUGCUCUACGCAGAGCAGCUGGCUGCCAACGUGGAGAUGUUCUCGGGCAGCGGCAUGUCGGUGACGAAGCGAGACUUUCCCCGGCUUAUGUCUAUGGCCGGAGUGCCCGCGCUGCCUCAGGCCACUAUCGACAUCAUAUUUGCCGUCUUCGACAAGAACGGCGACGGGUCGAUGGAGAUGGACGAGCUCCUCUUCAUCAUGCGCAAGAAGGUCAAAUACCACUACAGCGCGCCCCCGCAUGAGCGCAAGAGUCUGCCGAAGCGCUUUUUGGAGUGCUCCAGCGAUGUGCUGGCAGGUCUCGGCCGGUAG